AUGCGGUGGUCUCUCGCUGGGUUGCUACCGUCGCUCAGCCUUGUUUUGCUCGCCAACGGCUUCCCACUGGCGACUGAUUUGCCCUUCAAUAUCGAGGAGCACAAUCUUACCCAAAGUCUCUUUCCCAGAGUCCGUGAUCCAGGCAGUGGUUCUGACACCACAACCAAGACCAUUACGGAUCUUUUCCUGCUACAUGACGGCGGAGGAAGUUGUAAUGACAAAUUAGAAACCAUCGAUGGAUUUCUGAAAGAAGCGAGACUCUUCCAUGAAGUUGUCCAGAAAGCGUACGCCGAGCCGUUUGGGUUCAACCUCCUGCUGUGGAAUGCCUGGUUUGGUGUGCAGCCCGGACCAGGAUGGAAGGCACCUGCAACCGAUAGCUCGAACCAGGCACUUUGGGGAACAAUUGGAGACCACAUUUCACGCGUCGCCCAGUUCCUUUCUGGGGGUGGACUAGUCAACCCCCAAGUACCAACUGAAAAGCCUCGCCUUUUUUGCGACUCUGGGGCAGCCGAGUUGCAGUCUUUGACUCAAAGGGUCAGGGACCACGAAGGAAAAGAUGUUGUCACCCGCAGAGACCCCGAGACUAACGAGCCGACGGACUAUUUGAAACUCGGAACGCUAUUGGAAGAAGUGACCAGCCAUCCGGACACGAGGGUUUUCUGGUUCGACUCAUUCAAAGGCUACGAUGUUGAAGGUGGAGCAAAUGACAAAUUGUGUCCCGACGAGGGUCGGGUCGCUGCAGUCUCCCGGCCAAAGACAUCGUGGAAAACAUUGGAACAGGAUGGCGCAACAUUCACGUAUGGCCUGGCUAAUCGGCACAUGUUGCUUUGCCCACGGUCCUUUGACGCUGUAGCCGGAAAAACACAUGGCGUUGAGUCGCUCGCGGCUGCCAUGGCCAAAUACCCAGAAGCCGGAGUAAAGGAUACAGCAACAUUUCUUGACAAACUACUUCCUGUUGGCUCCACAUUCUACCAUGAGCUCUACCAUCUGACUGACAGCGAUGACACGUCGGAUUUGACUUACAAGAUGAAUCAGAUCCUGGAAUAUGCAGCGGAUGAAUUCAUAAGAACAAAGAACGCCCAUAACCCUGAGACAUAUGCCAUGUUCGCAAUGGCAGCCUAUCUCUUCCAAAAGGCACCAAGCGACAAGCUUCCUGCCCUUUACAACGGUCCAUAUGCGAGAUCUCCAGAGGCCCCCUUUCAAAAGCUUUGA